ACGUACGUUUAUUUUAGCGUGCGUUGAUUGCGUUGUUAAGUGAGCAAUGGCUAGUGUGCCUGUGUGCGUGUGUAAUGUUAGUAAUCAUCCACACAGAUACGACGUAGGUACGUAUAGAAUUGGAUUGUGGUCUGUCUGACUGACUUGGACAAAUAUGGAAGCAGAACAAAUUAUUGCUGAAGUAAAGAAGAGACCGGUUAUAUGGGACUCCACAGAGGAAUGCUACAAAAACAAGGCCAUGAAAAAUGAUGCCUGGCUGGAGGUGGCUGCAAAUUUGGAAAAGAAUUUCAAGAAUAUGUCUGAAGUGGAACAGAAAUCUGUUCUGCACGACAUUAACAUGAAAUGGCGUUCCAUUCGCGACAAUUAUGUGCGUUAUAAGAAGAAAAUGUCCGAAGUGAAUAGUCGUCGUUGUGGCGUCUUUGAGGGAAAACCUGUUCGCUCAUAUAUCUAUGCCAAGCAAUUGAGAUUUCUAAACAAAUGUCUGCCCAAGGAGUCACCAGCCAAAGAUGCGCCCACAACCCCAACAACAACAACCACAACAUCUGUAUCAACUGAUUACAUUGAUCCCAUGGAAUUGGUACAAACUGAAGUGUUUGAAUCUGUACCAGAUUAUCCUUCGGCUGAAACUGAAGACAAUGACACCACAACCUGUUCCUAUACAUUGCCCGCAAAAAAGGCAAGAUGUAAUAGCUAUAACAAUUCCCCUGGUCCUGCAACAUUUCAACCGGCCACAUCAAAAUCUCAGGAUUUUCAAUUUUCUUCUAACGCGGCCGGUCAGAACGAGAAGACAAUAGAAGAGAAAUUAUUAAAAUUUAUGGAAGAAUUUAAGCCAAGGAAAUUUGAUGAGGAUUUCUCAUUUUUUGAAUCCCUAAUGCCAACCAUUAAGGAUUUUAGCAAUGAUGAAAAAUUGGAAUUUCGCAUUAAGACACUGCAGCUGAUGCAGGAUAUUAAAAAGAAACGUGAAAAUAGUUCACCACUUGCAUGUCCUCCAUUUAUAAAAAUAAAAGAAGAGAUUUAAGAAAAUUACGUUUACAACAAA